GUCCUCCAGGUCAUGAAGACAUCCUUCUUUCUCUUUGUUCUUCUCUUCUUUCUGGACCCAGCCAAGAAUGCUUUCUUCGAUGAGAAGUGCAUCAAGCUUAACGGGAGAUGCACGGGUUACUGUCUGAAGAAUGAAGAGCUUACUUCUCUCUGUCGGAAGUCUCUGAAGUGCUGUGUGAUAGUCCAGCCAUGCGAAAGGAGCAAAGGCAACGAUUCGGCUACAUAGAGAUUCAGAGAUGACCUAGCUGUGUCUUUUUGCUGUGGCAUCUGCUGGAAGCAGAUAUGCCAAUGAAAAUAA